UUUGUGUCAGUUACUCUCACGAUAAGGCCGGUUAGUCGGCGACGACGACGACUUUCAGACCCCGAUCUUUAGCCCAGCCCGCGUCCAGGCAGUAUUUACACAUGUAAGCAAGCACUCGGCACUACACUCUCCAGGAUAUCGGUUCUGCUAUCGAUGCAUCCUGGUCAGGGAGAACCAUAGUCGCUGUCUUUCCUAAGGAACGAUUAUGGCCGUGAUGGACAAGGUGCUGCUUCCCCUGGUCGUGCUGAUUGCAGCAGGGCUGUACAUGAGAAGCGGUCAGAACCUCACAUACAGCGUAGAGGAUCCCGACGAUGUCUACGAUUAUAUUAUCGGAGGUGGAGGGACGGCAGGAUGUGUGCUCGCUAGCCGUCUGUCUGAGGAUCCUGAUGUGAAGGUACUGUUGGUGGAGGCAGGAGGAGAACCAGAGCGUACCAAGGACAUAGAUAUACCAGCUGCGUUUGGUUUUCUGAGAAACACGAAGAUUGACUGGAGCUAUAUGACAGUGCCGCAGAAAUUCUCCUGCCAGGCCUGCGAGAACAAGCAAAUCAUGUGGCCAAGAGGAAAAGUACUCGGGGGCAGCAGUUGCCUUAACGCCAUGGUAUACAUCCGUGGUGCAGCGGAAAAUUACGAUAGAUGGCAAAAGAUGGGAGCAACAGGGUGGAGUUAUAACGACGUACUUCCAUACUUUAAAAAGUCCGAGGAUAUGCAGAUUCCAGAGUUAAAAGAUUCGGAGUACCACGGUGUUGGAGGACCUCUUACUAUCACACUAUCCACUCAUACGAAACUUGGAGACGUGGUUCUCGAUGCAGCGCGGGAAUUAGGAUAUAGAGUUGGUGAUGUGAAUGGAGAAAGCCCGUUCGGGGUUAUGAAGACACAGGCAAACAUCAGAGGUGGCACGCGCGCACACACUGCCAAGGUGUUCUUAAAACCCGCGGUGAACAGACCGAAUCUCCACGUAUUAACAAAUGCUCACGUGACAAAGGUGAUGUUCGAGGGCAAGAGGGCGGUAGGCUUGCAGUUUAUACAUGGUGCCGAGAAGAAGCAGGCGAGAGCGUCUCGGGAAGUGAUCCUCUCUGCUGGAGCUAUCGGCUCUCCUCACAUCCUCCUCUUGUCUGGUGUUGGACCCAAAGAGCAACUUGACCAGUUUAAUAUCCCGCUAGUCGCUGACCUUCCAGUAGGAAAACACCUACAGGAUCAUAUUGCCAUUUUCUACCCAGAGAUUUUAAUUGAGAAACAUAUUUCGAUGAUGAAAGACGACCUGUUAAGCUUUGAGACAAAAACUAAGUGGGAUAUGCUAGGGAAAGGCCUUCUAGCGGCCAGUGGCCUAGAGGCCGUUGGUUUCUUCCACACAGCCGGCUUGGAGAAGAAAGGCGUGUCCCCUGAUAUGCAGCUGCACAUGGCCAGCUUUGGUCUCGGAUCAUUAGAUGAGGAUUUUACAUACAAUUGGCUGGGAUUCGACAGAAAGUUCAUUAGGGAUGCGAAAUUUUCUACGCAAGUGAAUCGUCCUCUUUUCUCGUGGGUACCAACUUUGUUGCAACCAAAAAGUGUCGGUGACAUUCGUCUGAAAACCAUCGACCCGCUGGAUUAUCCACUUAUAGAUCCACGUUACUACGAGAACGAAGAAGACGUUAAAACUAUGGUGGAAGGAAUCAAGAUUGCAAUGAGACUUUCAGAGGCGGCGGCAUUCAAGGUUAUCGGGGCAAAAGUGAAUCCACAUGCCUGGACCAUUCCAGGAUGCACUCAGCACGGAAAAGGUGACAAAUACCUAGAGUGUGUUGCACGCAACAUGGCUGCUACACUUUACCAUCCGACGGGAACCUGUAAGAUGGGCGCCAGCAACGAUCCGUCUGCCGUCGUUGAUCCGCAGCUGAGGGUACGUGGAGUAGAAGGACUGAGGGUCGUGGAUGCCUCCAUCAUGCCGGAUAUCGUGGCGGGAAACACGCAUGCGCCCGUCAUCAUGAUCGCUGAGAAGGCUGCCGACAUGAUACGCGCUGUAAAGAAGUGAUGAUGCAAAACUACUUCAUUUCAUUUAUAUUUUGAGAAAGCGUAGUAUCUGAAUGCAGUAUAGGCGCAGCCCUAGUUGAUAUGUGCAGGUAGAUAUAUAGUGACGAGAGAUGCUAUAGCUCAUCAGCGACUUACAAAACGCUGGUGCAUUGUGAAAUCACCCUUUUUGCCAACCUAUUGGAUCCUAUAAUUUCCACAAUCUGCUAUUCCUAUGCUCUUCAAAACAAUGUAUUUGAAUAGGAACGUAUUUAUGUUUAAAAAUAAAAAUUUGAAUUAUGACCUUAUUUGUAGAAUAUGGCUCUGUUGUUCUUAAAUAUCUAGUCCUCUAGCUCAAGUCAUCUCAGUCUUAUUACAUGAAGCUUAUUUGAAAUAAGGAGAGUAGUAAUGUAAUAUACUACAUUAAUAUU